AUGGAUAUCACAAGGACCGGCGACAGCCACUUGUUUGCUUUCUACCAACUUGACUUGAGUACCAGUAUUGAUGAGGAGACCAAGCCAAAGCCUUCCCCUGCCACAACCAGAGCCAUUGCUUCAUUGCUGUCGAACCUGGAUAUGCUAGUGGAAGUGUGGGAUGAAGACUGCACUUUCCUCUGGAGAUUCAAGAAGAACCAGUAUCUGACUGUUGAGCAGGGCAGGAAGGGCCGCUUUGUUGAGCAACAGGCCCAGGAGCAGAUCCAGGCAGAGGUGGUUGUGGUGGCUGAACCUUGUCUUACUCCGGUUGAGGUGGCUCCAGUGAAGCCUCCUGCUGCCUUGAAGAAGCCUCCACCUAUGUCUAUUGCAGUCAAGCCUGUCCCUGCUGCUGUUGUUCCUGUCAAGAAGAAGAAACCACACAACAACAAACGACGAGAAAGCAGUGGCACCUUGGAACCUUGGGAUGAAAGGAAGGAAGAUGCUGAUUUGGUGGAGUUGGUGGAUUUGAUUGGAAAUCAGCAGAUCAGCACUCGGUCCACUGAUACUGAGUACACCUAUGAGACUGUGGAGAUGAAGAUUGAAUAUGCAAUCCACAACAACAAAAUCAUUGUAUGA